AUGGGACUCGAAUUACAUAUUCCACCUUGUAUUCGCACUCCCACUCAUCCUCGCCAUCCGCCUCAAUUCGCCAGCCCACUAAGGAUCCAGAUUGAGGGCCCAUUGACGUCUAUUCAAAAACUGUUUCCGGAGGUUCCCUGGAACCUAGAAGAUCCAGACUUCCCUCAACCUGCUGGUCCAAUGUUGGCGAGGCUGGCGUACCAAGUCAUUUAUGGGCGACAGGAUCGGGCAGACGUUACUAACGACCUCAUUGUGCGAGAUGAGUACUUGGGUUGGGUGCGAGAAGAGAGACCUCGCAGGAACUGGAUUGACGUUUCCCAAUAUUUCAGGGUUAUUGAUUACUACGGCGUUACGUUCGACCACCUUGUUCCUGCUGAUGAUCCCGAUCCAGAGGUGUUGCAAAUCAACAUCUUCGAGAUGGAUUACGACGAGGGAUUGCCGGAUGGUAUUGGCAGUGCCAAGGUGCUGUUCAAAGAGGAAGGGCACAACAGAUCGUUUAAGAGUGAAUGA